CAUUGCAGUCGGAUUUACGGGCUCAAACUCUGUCUAGGUAUUUUGAUCUAUUCAGAUGUAUAAAAAUGGAUUCUUUUGCAUCGAUUCGAGGAAUUCGAAAUCGUAGCGGUUCCUCUUCGUCCUCCAUGGCUGUACCCAAGAAAUGAUCACUAAUUACUACCUUUUCAGCUAUGAAUAGGAAGGGAAACAACAAGCUUUCAAAGCCAUGGGAUCACGAUCGAGGCGUUCAGGUUCCUCUUCUAAUCGCGAUUUGCAUUCUAGUCCUUGUAUCCUUUCUAAUUUUGCUAAACAAAGAUGAAAACCCUAGUUCCUCCCCUGUUUUUAACAAUACCCUCAAAUCUCCUUCCGUCAUCAUGAAUCCAACUCUAGAAACCACCAACGGAACAGAUUUCAUAUGGCAAAUACCCGAUUCUCCAAAAGCUGUUUUGUUUAUAGCUCAUGGAUGUAAUGGUGAAGCUACUAAUUUCUGGGAUAAAUCUCCUACAUGUGAAACCUGUAUUGGAUUACCUGAAGAAAGACUUAUAGUUCUCAAUGCUCUCUCCCGCAAUUUCGCAGUUCUUGUAAUUUCAAGUGCAGGAAGAUGUUGGUCAUUUGGAGAAGAAAGAGUGACAGUUAAAGAAACAAUUCAGAACUGGGUAACAAAUCAGAAACUGGAAAAGCUUCCUCUUGUUGGAUUAGGUGCUUCAUCAGGUGGGUAUUUUAUUUCAGUUCUUGCUAUUGAUAUGAAGUUCAGUAGCAUAGUGAUCAUGAUUGCAGAAGGAAAGUUUAGUCAAUUAGAUAUGAUUAAAGAAGAUUAUCCACCUUCUUUGUUUAUACAUAUGCCUAAAGAUGAAUAUAGGAAGGAAUACAUAAGAUUGAAUAUUAGAAUGUUGAGAGGUAAAGGUGUAGAUGUUGAAGAGAUUGAAUGUUUGGAGUUUCCAAUUGAACCGGAUUACUUUGCUCGAAGGAUUCGAGGAAUUGAUAUGAACACUUCGAUUAAGUUGUUGGAUCUUUUUCGAGAUAAAGGGUUUGUUGAUGGGAAUGGUUAUAUGAGAAAAGAUGGCCGUGCUUUAGAUUUGAAAGGUGCUUUAGAGGAGGGAAAGAUUGAAUUGAAGGAUAAGAAGUUAAUUCGACAUGUUCAGGAAGAAAUGAAUCUUGCAUUUGGUUAUCAUGAAAUGACUAGCUUACAAUCUGAGAAGAUGUUCCAAUGGUUUGAAUCCCAUUUUUGAAACUGUUUGUGGUUCUUAGUGA